GACAGCUAGCCAUCCAGCGGAGGGGGAGCUUCCUGUCUGUUAAUAGUUUUUUAUUUGGGCUGUUGGCCUAAUUUUUCCUCGUAAGUCAAUAACAGUUCAAUCAUGACAUCCCCCAUAGACGACAGCGAUAAGGAAAAGAUGCGCUCUGUGUCUGUGGAUCUAAACAACGAUGCCUCUCUUCUCAUCGACAUUCCUGAUGCACUCUGUGAAAGAGACAAGGUCAAGUUUACUGUCCACACCAAGACCACACUCAGCUCUUUCCAGAAGCCAGAGUUCUCUGUUCCCAGGCAGCAUGAAGACUUCAUCUGGCUACACGACACUCUGGUAGAGACAGAAGACUAUGCAGGACUAAUUAUUCCUCCAGCGCCUCCGAAGCCUGACUUUGAGAGCCCGAGGGAAAAAAUGCACAAACUGGGUGAAGGUGAAGCCACAAUGACAAAGGAGGAAUACACUAAAAUGAAGCAGGAGCUGGAGGCUGAAUACCUGGCCGUGUUCAAGAAAACUGUCCAAGUGCACGAAAUCUUCCUGCAGAGAUUGUCCUCACACCCUGUUUUAAGCAAAGACAGAAACUUCCAGAUUUUCUUAGAGUAUGACCAGGAUCUCAGCGUGAGGAGAAAGAAUGCCAAGGAGAUGUUUGGAGGAUUCUUUAAAAACAUGGUGAAGUCAGCUGACGAGGUCCUUAUCUCAGGAAUAAAGGAGGUCGAUGACUUUUUUGAGCAGGAGAAGACGUUCCUGCUGGACUACUACAGCAAGAUUAAGGAUUCCACCGCCAAAGCAGAGAAAAUGACCCGUGCACACAAAAAUAUUGCUGAUGAUUACAUUCAUGUCUCUGCCACGCUGAACAGCCUCUCUGCAGAUGAUAGCACAGCAAACAAGAAGCACUUGGAGAAGCUGUCUGACCUGUUUGAGAAGCUCAGGAAAGUGGAAGGAAGAGUUGCAUCUGACCAGGAGCUGAAACUCACAGAGCUGCUGAGAUAUUACAUGAGAGACAUCCAGGCCGCUAAAGACCUUCUGUACCGGCGAGCCCGGGCGCUAGCCGACUAUGAAAACGCCAACAAAGCUUUGGAUAAAGCUCGACUGAAGAGUAAGGACAUCCCUCAGGCCGAGGAGCACCAGCAGCAGUGCCUGCAGAAAUUUGACAAGCUCUCAGAGUCUGGGAAGAAAGAACUGACCAGUUUCAAGGGCAGGCGUGUCGUGGCCUUCAGGAAGAACCUGAUAGAGAUGGCUGAGCUCGAGAUAAAACACGCCAAGAACAACGUGACUCUACUGCAGGGCUGCAUCGAUCAGCUGAAGAGCUACUGACGUGUUUCACAGUCCUCAUGUCCCACCAUCACCAAGUGACCAGUCAUAGCAAACAGAAACCUGGCGUCCCCGGGCCCUGCACAGACAUGAAUCCAAGCCCCCUUUCUGCUCCCACCCACGGGUCUGAUGCCACUUUAAAAACCUGCACAAGAAGAAGAAGAAGUGUCUUGUAAGCAGAAUGUCUUCAUGUUUACCGAGUCCCUGUCCUCUGGUCCAUGGUCCGUCUUUUUCCAUUAUUUAUGGAGGUCUGAUUGUGAUUGCCUUUAAAGAAUAAGGCUGCCAUCAUUAAUGACUUCCAGCAUAAAUAGCAGUUGUUUUUUUUCUAUUUUUGACCUAAUUUCUCAUUUUUUUUGCAUCAUGCACAAAAUACAAGUUUUGCCUUUUUUUGCCUCCAUAAACUCAAAAGUUUCCAGUUCUGUUCACCUUUGAAUACCUUUUCAUAAACUUAAAGGAAGUCUUUUUGCAUAGCUGUAACUAACUUUUAUGAGUCAUUUGCUUCGUCUAUUGGGAUUUUUUGUGGAUCUGUUUACAGAGGCAAAUCCAGUGCCUGUAAAAACAUCCUCAUGCUCUACAUUCCCCGGCGCUGAAAUUAAAGUACAACCAAACAAACCCUCAAGUAAAGAAAACUCAUGAAAGAUCUUAUUCAAGUGUGUAAAAAUAGCAGCACUUCACCUCAGGAAUGGAUAGCUGGAUCCGUCUCCACAUUCUUGUUUGUGAGGAAGUGGCCUCGGAUGCCACAGUUAUCAAAGAUGCACAUUAGUUUAGAGAGUAGGGAUGAGUCAUCAAAGAUUUCAGUGAGGAAGAGUGAAAUAAAAGGCUGUGAUAGCAUUUUCAAAGGGAAUUCAGAGUUAGUUAUUUUGGUUUGAUUUGCACAAAACCCCUCGUUAUAUCCUCAGCACUUCUUUUUUAAGGUCCUCUGCAGCUUCUUCACCCUCACAAACUCUGCCUUCUCACCCUUUUCUUUGCCUUUAUUUCAUCCCUUUAUUUUUGAUGGGGUCUCAAAUGUAUCAGACAUGAUUUUCAAAAAAGUUUCUGUAUUUUAAACAGUUAUUAAAAAAAAAAAAGAUGCACUUAGAAAAAAUACUUUACAAUCAUGACCAGGCUCAGCAGUGUUGAAAUGCAUCAUAGUUUUUUACAAAUUGAAUGUAUUUCUAAUGGAUUCCAGCUCCUUUCAUACAAAUUAUUAGCAUUUUAUAAAUUUGUAAUAAUGGCAUUGAAUAAAUCCUAAUUUCCCAAA